GGGUGAUGAGAUAUUUGUUAAGGGAUCAAUCCUGAUGUGUUGGAAAGAAAUUUAUUUAGAAAGGGCUGGAGUGGUAGUAUUGCGGGGAGGGCACUUAACCUUGCACAAGGCCAAUCCAGGUUCAAUUACAGAAUUCCAAUGGUCCCCAAGCCACACUAGGGGUGAUCCCUCAGUGCCAAGCUUGAAAUAAGCCCUGGGCACUGCCUGUUGUGGCCUCCAAAUCGAAACACACACACACACAAACACAUGAUAAUUUUGUGAGCAGAAUGUGGCUAAAGGUUUGUCCAUGCUAAGUCCCUGUGGUUGUCUUCAUGGCAGAACCACUUUGAGAGCUGUGGUCACUGUGGGCAGCCUUGAAGCUCAGCAAGUACUUAAUCAAAGGAGCUCCUGGCCUAGGAGUCAGGCCCUGGCUGGGCCCAUAAAGACCUUCCUGUGGGGCCCAGGGAGGAUUUCUGGGUCUCAGGGCUGCAGUUUCCUGCCCUGUAGACAGAGCCCAGCACUCCUGUCCUGACAGACGCCCAAAUUCCAGCCUGCUGUGCAUCCCCGGGAGAGGAAGGAGCAUCUGGCAGUGUCUCCCCAGGUGAGGUCAUGACCUGGUACCCGAGGGUGCCUGCCAUCAGGGCAUUUCGGGGUCCAAGCAGGGCCUUUCCAGGUCAGGGCAGAGGUUUGUCCUUUCUUGGCUCACAGCUCUGACUUCUCCAGGUCUUUGUUUGGAGUCUAAUGCUGAUAACGCAGGAAUAAAGGGCGGGACAAGAGGGUGCUGAGGCUUGGUCCUGGAAACUGCAAAAAAAUCUUUGUGAAUUUUAUUUCUUUAAUAAAAACAUACUUUCUGCUCCGUAUGCCAUCUGUUCAGUACCUCACUCUUCAUCUGUCCUGGACCUGGUGACCCCCAGAUGUCCUUGUCACCUGUUUGAAGGCAAGAAAGAGGAAAACAAUUUUCAUUCCUUACCAGAAAGUACCUGGUCAAAAAUACUUGGAGCCUGGCCCUUUAAGGCUGUGACUGGCAAUGCAGGUGAUGUCACGGAACCCAGUUCUUUCCCACCCUGCCCUCCACCUGCAGUGGCUUCAAUUUCUGGGAAGAAGUUCCAGUCAGCUGCCUUGUUGCCGAAGGUGAAGAGCCAGGAAGGAGUGGGUAUUGGAGUACCCAGGGGAAUUGAGGGGUCCUGGAAGGCCGGUUUCCUCAUGGGCCGCUGAGUGGUCGCUCCGAGUGCCCUGAACCUCCGCUGUCUCUGCCUUGCUCUGUGAAGGUGGCUGGGGUUGGCGGUCCCUCACCUGGGACACACCGAGCGCUCUUGUCGAAAGGUCUUUGGACAGAACUUCCUGAUGCUCCCAGGGAAUUAGAAGCUGGAGGCAAUGGUAACGUGCCAUACGAGGCAAUGGUAAUGGCAGACCAUCCCCAGGUCAUACCUGGCUAGGUUCAGUGAUUCUUCCUGGCUCUGUACUUAGGAAUUACUUCUGGUGGUGCUCAGGGGGCCAUAUGGAAUACCUGGGAUUGAACCCAGGGCAUUCUGGGGUGAAGCCUGCAGUGACCUCCUGGCUGGAAGGAGAAGCCCUGAGGCCAGGGAGGAGAGUCAUAACCAGCAAUGCACAGGGAUUCCUCAUGGCUCUGCACUUAGGAAUUACUCCUGGCCGUGCUCGGGGGACCAUAUGAGAUGCUGAGAAUCAAACCCAGAAAAAAAUAUUUCUGCUUCACCUGCCAAGUUUUUGAGCACCAUCCUAUCCCCACUGUCCAUCUCUCCCAGACCAGGGCGCCCCCUGCUGUUCGGGUCUCUGACAAAGCCUCGGUGGCAGUCCUUAAGAAUAACAGCCUGAAGAAGAUGGUGUUGCGCUGUCUGACACGCUGUCCCCAGGACGCAGUGACCUUCUCCGAUGUGGCCGUGAACUUCACCCAGGAGGAGUGGAUAUUCCUGGAUACCUCUCAGCGAAAGCUCUACAGGGACGUGAUGCUAGAGACCUACCAGCACCUGCGGGCUGUUGGACAUUCCCUGGUGAAGCCUGUGGUGAUCUCCUGGCUGGAAGGAACCCUGAGGCCAGGGAAGAGAGGCGUGUAUGCAGGACUCCAACCGCAGCUUCAAGAUGUGGCACUGUUACAGUUUGCUAUGGGAAAGGGCUCAUCGGAUAAGCGUGAACUGGAAAGCAGCCAACCCCAGUGGAAUGUCUCUGAUCCUGCACCCACUGAGAAAGUCUGGAAUGAAUGGUCCUACCCUCAUCCCCAUGGGGAUGACGAGACAGGCGGGAUGUCCUCUGAGGGUGAUCAGAAGGAAGAAGAGAGUGACCUUGCUACAAAGAAGCCCUCCUCUGAGAGAAGCUCCUCACAGUCUGUUCUGCACAGACCUCGAGCCCAAACCCCUGCAGUGGCGCAGCCCAUGGGCUGUGGGAGAGGAGCACUGUUCCUAGUGAGUCCUUCAAACCAACAGCUCCACAAGCAAAUUCACUAUGCACUGAACACGUCCAAGUGUAAGAAUUGUGGGGGAAACUUCCCGUGUUCUCAGCACCCUGAUAUUUCUUUAGAAACCCACAGUGGACAGAAAUUCCAGGAAUGUCAGCAGCGAGGACAAAAGUUGAGUCAAGGGUUACCCCGUUGUGACCAUAUUCAUGUAACUGCAGGAGAGAAACCACAUGCAUGUGAAGAAUGUGGGAAGGUCUUUCAUCGAUCCUCAUACCUUAUGAUACAUAGGAGAAUUCACACUGGAGAGAAACCUUAUGUUUGUAAGGAAUGUGGGAAGGCCUUCUCUCAAUCAAGGUACCUUACUAUGCACAGGAAAUGUCAUAGUGGAGAGAAACCUUAUAAAUGUCAGACAUGUUGGAAGGCCUUCACUCUGCGUUCAUGCCUUACUAUGCAUAUGAAAAUUCAUACCGGAGAGAAGCCUUAUAUAUGUAAGGAAUGUGGGAAGGCCUUUGUUUAUUCCUCUGACCUUACUCGUCAUAUAAGAAUUCAUACUGGAGAGAAACCUUAUGUUUGUAAGGAAUGUGGGAAGGCCUUCUCUCAGCCUGGGCAACUUAGUAAGCACAGGAAAAUUCAUAGUAAAGAGAGACCUCAUAAAUGUCAGAAAUGUGGGAAGGCCUUCAUUGUGCCCUCACAUCUUGCUAAACAUAUGAAAGUUCAUAGUGGAGAGAAGCCUCAUCAGUGUCAUACUUGUGGAAAGGCCUUUACUCAGCCUUCAGGCCUUACAGCACAUAUGAAAAUUCAUACUGGAGAUAAACCUCAUCAUUGUCAGACAUGUGGGAAGGCCUUCCCUCUUCGCUCUUCCCUUACUGCACAUAUGAAAAUUCAUUGUGGAGAGAAACCUCAUCAUUGUCAGACAUGUGGGAAGGCCUUCACGCUGCGCUCUUACCUUACUGUGCAUAUGAGAAUUCAUACUGGAGAGAAACCAUAUAUAUGUCAGGAGUGUGGGAAGGGCUUUACUACAUCUUCAAAGCUUACUGUACAUAGGAGAAUUCACACCGGAGAAAAACCAUAUAUAUGUAAGGAAUGUGGGAAGGCCUUUGUUUAUUCUUCAGACCUUACUAGUCAUACAAGAAUUCAUACUGGAGAGAAACCUUAUGUUUGCAAGGAAUGUGGAAAGGCCUUUUCUCAACCUGGGCAUCUUAAUAAGCACAGGAAAAUUCAUAGUAAAGAGAAACUUCAUAAAUGUCAGAAAUGUGGGAAGGCCUUCCAUCUGCAUUCAGGCCUUAUUAUGCAUAUGAAAGUUCAUGCUGGAGAGAAGGCUUAUAUAUGUAAGGAAUGUGGGAAGGCCUUCUCUAAGCUCUCAGGCCUUACAGAGCAUACGAAAACACACACGGGAGAGGACCCUUAUAUAUGUAAGGAAUGUGGGAAGGGUUUUAUAUUCCCAUCAAGCCUUCGUAAACAUAGAAAAAUUCAUACAGGAUGACUUGAUCUCCUAAUAACAAUCCCUAAGGUCAAAAUAGAUCCCCUGAGUACAGCGAUUUUUCUUUGGACAAUGGGACCAGGGGUGCUACAAAAGUAGAGCCAAGAAAGACAUAAUACUGCCUCUUUGGACAACCUUCCUAUGACAUCAGUUCUAUAAGGGAAAGUAACAUUCUAAUUAUCUGUCAGGGGGCAGCUAUGCCAUUUGCCUUGUGUUAGACUUCUGUGUAUGUUUGCUUGCAAAUAAUGGGUCUCGGUGUUGGAAGUAGGUGAUUAAAUUAAAAGGUACAAAAAUGCCCCUUGCUCGGAGCUGCAUGGCUCAUGACUGUGUCAUUGUUUACUCUCACGCUGGCUUGGCUCAGAGGCCCUGGUAUGUGGGAAUUAUAGCAGAGAUCAGCCACAACGCUGCAGUGAAUCCUUUGAAAGUGGAAAAAAGGACACACCUUCAUUUUUCAGGGCUUCCUGUAUUAGGCUUUGGGGACCCAUACCCCACGGGCUCAGGCCUUACUGUUAGCCCUGGGCUCAGGGAUCCAUAAUCUGAGGGGUCACAAGUAUCCUUAAGGGGACUCAGAAUCCAGCUCAGCCAUGUGCAAGCAAGCACUUUGUCUUUGCAUCAUUUCUACACUUCUUGAAUUCAUUUUUUGUUAAUGUACAUGUGCACUAGAGAUUAAUAUUCACAAGAACUAUCUAAUGGAAAUGGUCCUGGUGAAGCCCUUUCAUAGGGUGGAUUGGAGACAGUUGAAAUGAACUUUACCAUGCACAGAAAGACAUUUCCUGCUUUGAAACUAUGGAAGGGGCCCCUUGAGUCAAAUGUUUCCCAGAUGGUGGGAACAUAGGGGAGCCCCCAAGCUCCCCCAUCUCAGCAGGCAAUUCCAUUCAGCAGUGAUGACUAACAAUAAAAUGUUGUCAUAUUCCUACAUCCCACCCCUCUCACUUCAGUAGUUUUAGGAGUAAACAAAUCUUGAAUUUGGAAGCAGUUAAAUCCCAACCACCAAGUAGUCACCAGAAUGAUAAAAAUGAUUUAGAUUGUCCAAAGGUCCACAUAAGACUACAAAGUGACCAGUACGUUUUUGCUAAAUAUAUGCAUGCAAAUUUAAGAUUGGGUGAUAACCUAGGAUUUAUUUGGGGGGAAGGGGAUACCUGUCAGUGAUUAGGUGUUACUCCUGAUGCUGCUUGUAUCACCAGUUAGCAUAGCAGGGAUAGACUCCAGGCGACCAAGAUCAAUGCACGAGUCAAGCUUCUGGACUAUCUCUCCUGGUUCAUACGCUGAGAUAUUUUUUUUUUUUUUGCUUUUGAGGCCACACCCGGCAAUGCUCAGGGGUUACAUGUGGUUCUGCAUUCAGGAAUUACUCCUGGUGGUGCUCAGGGGACCAUACGGGAUGCCAGGGAUCGAACCCAGGUCUGUCGCAUGCAAGACAAACACCCUACUCUGGGCCCCAUACUCUGGGAUUUAAAUCCAGUUUCUGAAACUGCCACUUGGGGUUUUCCUUGUAGGUGAGAGUUGAUUGAUAGAGUGUUGUCAAGGGGUAGCAUGUUGACCAGAAAGUGAUCUCUGAUGUUCUUCCCAGCCUUUGCUCCUGUUCCAGCGUCUCUCCAGCUCCCUGGGCUGCUGCUAGGCCAAUUCUCUGCAUCUCCAGGGCUGGCUUCAGAGUCACUGCUUUCAUCCAUCUUGAUUGAUUACUAUCACAAGAAACUCUUUGUCCCAUGCCCCAUCCACUCCCUACCUGCCUGUUUUACCUUGAAUCAACCAGAUGUUUCUCCUAUUGACUCCUGUGUGGAAGUAUCAGGACAUCUUCCCACAAUCCCCCACUGUGUGACCAACCACUCCAGCAGCUGCCUCUACCCUUCUCUAUCUCAACCGAUUCCAGUUGCAUCACAGAUUCACUGGAUUGGUCAAAAACAUUCUCUCAGCACCUAGGACCUAGUCCUUUGAGGGGCCUUGUAGAAAAGGAAGUGGCAACACACACAGGCCUGUGAUUACCUGGCUGGAAAACGGAGCCCUGAGGCCAGGGAGAAGAGACUUUUGCAGGUGAGUGUCUGAGGGCCUUCCCUGCCUGGGGCCCUGGGCAGUGUGUAGGUCCCUCAUGACUGGUCCCUCGGGCUCCCAUAUCCAGACUUUUGCACCCCACUCAAGCUGCCCUUUGUUCCCCUGUGCUUUGCUUUCUUGGCUUUGAUCCAUUAUUUAUCUGUUACACAUCCAUGAGAUUCAGGACCCUUUGUUCCCAGUCUUCCCCUUACUAAGCUGGCUGCUUGCCUACAGUGUCAGGGCACCCUUUUCAGGAGCAGCUGAACCCCCACCCGCCCUCUCUGUCACCAGGCGUGUCUCUGCUCUCACAUCAUGAGCAUGGUUUUGGGGUAUACUAAUAAAUUAAUUUUUUCCCUGUCAGUCUGGUGUUGCUUUGGGGCUAUUUCCAGUUGUCCUCAGGGGUUGCUUUGGGUGCCUCUCAGCACCUUAUGCAAAGCAGAUAGUCUAGCUGCUGUUCUCUCUCUGACCCACUAAAGAAUAUUCUUGGGGCUGGAGUGAUAGCACAGCAGGUAGGGUGUUCGCCUUGCAUGCAGCUGACCCAAGUUUGAUUCCCAGCAUCCCAUAUGGUCCCCUGAGCACUUCCAGGAGUAAUUCCUGAGUCCAGAGCCAGGAGUAAUCCUUGUACAUUGCCGGGUGUGACCCAAAAAGCAAAAGAAAAAACAUAUUCUUUCACCUUUAUGUUAAAAAGUGAAUGAGUGACCCCAUAACAAAGCUAGUUUGGGUUGAAAUGAUAGUACAGCGGGGUUGGUGCUUGCCUAACAUGUGACCAAUCAGGUUUUGAUCCACAGCAUCCCAUAUGAUCCCUCAGAUAUCGCUGGGUCUGGUCAAAUACAAAAUGCAGAAAGCUAGUUUGGGGAUUGCCAAGCUCCUCAGAGAUCCUGUCAAACGAUUUUCCCUUUCUGUGGGCCUGUUAGGACUGUGAGAACCACAGAGAUGUCUUUCAUCUUCUCGGCAUAUUAAACCAGGUGUCAUUGGACUAAUUCUUACUUUGCUUUUGUGAUUGGUUUCAGAACUCAAACCACAGCUUCAGGGCUGGAGCGAUAGUACAGCGGGUAGGGCAUUUGCCUUGCACACAGCUGACCCAGGUUCCAUUCCCAGCAUCCCAUAUGGUCCCCUGAGCACCGCCAGGAGUAAUUCCUGAAUGCAAAGCCAGGAGUAACCCCUGUGCAUCACUGGGUGUGACCCAAAAGGCCAAAAAAAAAAAAAGCCCACAGCUUCAGGAUUUACUGCAAUUCAAAUUGCGUUGCUUCGAGUGGUCACUGGAUACGAGUGAGCUGGUAAGAGUCACACAUUCAAACUAUUUUAUGCCGGCAGGAUAGCUCAGUGGAGCAAGCAUGUGACUUAAAAGCUGGGAGCUGUGCACCACCUCUGCCACAUCUAUGGUCUCUCAGCACUGCAGGGUGGAAAGCCAGAGCCUAAUGCUGGGAGUAGAGGGCUCUUAGCCUCACUGGGUGCUGACACCCAAAGAAAAUCGAUUAUUUUUCAUAUCAAAGAAAUCCUGUCAACCUGGGAUGUCAGGGCUCCCAUACUGUAAGAUUCUGUAUGGGCCCUCAUGUCGUGGGGUCAUGAUUUGAAACCAAGACAUAAAGAUAAUUAAAUUUAGAGGCGAGUAUUCACACCAGCUGGUGGACUGUCCUGCUAGGAAGAGCAGCAGACUCCCAGCGUGAAGCAUAGGUUUUUGGUUAGGAAAACCCUCAUCCAGGGAUACCUGUCAUUUUUGUAAGCACCUACAGAUUUAUUCACCAGAUCCAUAUCCUGGCACCCAGUAAAUUUAUAUAAGCACAAUAAAGCAAGCAUUGUUACAGACACAGAAAAAGUGAUUACACAAAGCAAUCAACUAUUGAUCUUUAAUCACCUCACUUUGGGUGACCUUAACCCGUGGUUCCUAUUUGCGCUCUGUGAUGAGCUGAGGCCUUAGUGGAGCGGAUACAAUAAAUUCAGUAUAUUUAUGUAAUAACUGCUAACUAAAAAAUAAACUUCUAAACUAACCAACCUUCAUAUUCUUACUAUAAUGCAUAUCAAAUCAUCAUAGCCAAACAAUAGGUCAACAAUCUGAAGAAGAGACUUUCUUCUGUACACCUGCAGUACAGUUGUUCUUGCCCACUGAUUCAAAUUUUGAAAAAUUUCAUUCUUGCUGUAUAGUCUAUAUAUUAAACUACUAAAAGACUACUCAGAUGGCUGGAGGAACCAGUUGGGAUGGGAGAUGCAUGCGGAAAGUAGAUAAUGGACCAAACAUGAUGACCUCUCAGUGUCUGUGCUGCAAGCCAUGAUGCCCAAAAGUAGAGAGAGAGUAUGGGGAAU